UUUAUCAGCCAUUCGUUCAAUAGAUUGCUUCCCAAGACAUACCUCUGCGGCCGCAGUGGUGUCCGUGCGUUGAGUGAGGCCUCGUUUGUCCACAGAGAGGCUGAUCCCGACUCGAAGACCCCGUUUGAGUUCAACGCCGAAAACAAAAAGCGAGCGGAAGCGUUGGUCUCUAUAUAUCCUUCGGGCUUCAAAGCCGCAGCUGUUAUCCCGCUAUUGGAUUUGGCUCAACGACAAUACGGUUGGCUCCCAUUGAAGGCAAUGAAUUAUGUGGCGGAAUAUCUUGAGAUGCCAGCCAUGAGGGUCUACGAAGUGGCCACCUUUUACACCAUGUUUAACAGACAACCUAUCGGCAAAUAUCACGUUCAGGUCUGCACUACCACUCCGUGUAUGCUUAGAGGCGCUCAAGAAGUCUAUGAAUACACUAAAGAUUUGCUGAAAGACGAUAAAGACUUCACAGUUGUUGAGGUCGAGUGUUUGGGCGCCUGUGUUAACGCACCCAUGAUUCAGAUCAACGAUGACUACUAUGAAGACCUAACCAAUGAAAAUGUCAAACAAAUUAUAGCUGAUCUGAAAGCCGGCAAAAAGCCAAAGGCCGGGCCCUCAGCCCAAAGCGGACGACUCGCCUGUGAGCCCACGGGAGGUCUCACAUCACUUACAUCACCCCCUCCUGGACCUGGAUUUGGUUGUCGUUCAGAUCUUUAGUUUAAAUUACGUUUUUGUAGAUUUAAGACAAGACUUGUUAUUGUAGUGUUAUUUUAUUGAAAUAAAAUACCAAUAAAUACAUUAUUAUUGAUUGGCUAUAAAAUUAUAA